AUGCCGCAACAAAAUCCGAGCGCGCAUUCGUCAAAACAACACAACAGCAAUCGGAUCGAGCCGCUUUCGCCGAAAGGAACUACCAUGCCUGAACAGUCCGAGUCAAAAUCAGCAAAUGAUCAAAAUCGCCAUACUGAAACGAUAUGGCGCAUUGUUAUCGAUGCGAUCAGUCUUAUAAUAUUGCUUAUUGUAUCGAUAAUAUCCCAUUAUGAGGCUGCACCAUUUACACGUGGUUUCUUUUGCUCGGAUGCAACCAUAAAGUAUCCAUAUAAAAAUGAUACAAUACCAGCAUACGCUGCAAUUAUUUUAUCAGUUGGUGUUCCAAUUAUUUGGAUAUGGACUACUGAACUUUGUAAACUACUUUAUUUUAAACGAUAUCCAGAAACAAAAUUUGAAGUACGCUUACUAUUUUGGGGUUAUAAAUCAUACCGAAUUGCCCCAAUAGUUCGUAAUUUAUACAUUCUUACUGUUGUAUUUGGUUAUGGUUAUCUUGCAACAUGGGUUUUAAUUGAAGUAACAAAAAAUUUUAUUGGAGAAUUGCGACCACACUUUCUUGCUGUAUGUCAACCGAAUAUUGAUUGUACGACUAUCACACUACCAAAUCCAUAUAAUUCUUAUCUACAAUAUGGAACAAAUUAUACAUGUUUAAACUCAGAUACUGCAAGUGUACGAGAAGCACGUCGAUCAUUCUUUAGUGGACAUACUGCACCACUUUUCUUUGGUUUUGGUUAUUUAAUUAUGUAUAUUCACGUAUCAUGGUCUUGGCGUCAUCUUGGCAUACUUGGCCAUUUAUUCCAAGUAGGCCUACUUGUACUGGCUUCUUAUGUAGGAUAUACACGUAUAAGUGAUUUUCAUCAUCAUUGGCAUGAUGUAUUUGCUGGCGCUGUCGUGGGUUCUUUAAUCGCGUUUGUAACAUUUAAAUUUAUUCUCAAUUGGCGUCGUCAGGACCCACAAUUUUUACCGUAUGUAGUACGUAAUGAAGAAGACGUGCGAAACGGAGACAUACCAAUAAGGGAUGCUGAUAUUGUUGAUCGACACGUUACCUCUUGGGAAACUCAUCGCGUUUAA